AUGCAUUUUCUAAGAAGUUACCAUGUUUUGACUAAACAACCAGGUGGCUGGUUUAAGCCUAUUCAUGUUCCUUUCACUAUAAUGGGUUUAAGCAAACUGUUUCAUGACUCUAAUUAUGUGAACAGUUUAGCUAUAAGAGAGGGGUUACCCAUGAGAUUGUUACUACUUGGCAGUCCGGGUUCGGGUAAAGGAACUCAGUCUUCUCGCAUACAAAAAAAAUUCAAUAUUUCAGUUAUAUCGAGCGGUGAUAUCCUUCGUCAAAAUAUAGCUCGUGGAACAAAAAUUGGUAAAAUUGCUGCCAGAGAAAUCGAACGUGGAGCCUAUGUAUCGGAUGAUAUUAUGAUUGAGCUCAUUACGAAAGAGCUUCAGAACAAGCAACAGAAUUGGUUGCUGGAUGGCUUCCCUCGAACUAUUAAUCAAGCUAUAGCUCUGGAUGAUAGAUUGGCCAUGACAGACCGAUCAUUAAAUUUAGUAAUCAAUCUAAAUGUACCAGAAGAAGUAAUAUUACAACGAAUCAUGGAUCGAUGGGUGCAUGUACCAUCUGGACGUGUUUAUAACUUAAGCUAUAAUCCUCCAAAAAUAAAUGGUAUUGAUGACGUUACUGGAGAAAAACUGACAAAACGUUCUGAUGAUAAUCCUGAGACAUUUAAGAUUCGUCUUCAAAAACAUAGAUCUUUAACUGAACCAUUAUUAGAAUAUUAUGCGAAACGUAAUAUAUUAAUUACUCUUCACGGUCGUACAA